AUGAGUGAUAGUCAAACUAUCUUUGAAUAUCUUGAUCAUGAAUUAACUGUUCGUUUUGCUAAUGAUCUUAUAUGUACUAGAACUAAACAAGCAUAUCAACAACUUGAUUGUACACUUCUCAAAACAACAACAAUAUCAUUAUCAACAUUUAUUUCUUUAUAUGCAGGUUUAUCGGAAAAAGAAUUGAUUAAAUUUAAUAAUACAACUCAUCCAAUAAUUAAUGAAGAUGAUUUAUUAAUCACACGUCAUUGUAGUUCAGAUACAGUCAAUACACAAGAUUAUAUACAAUUAAAAGAUUUAUUUCAAAAGAAAAAAAAUUCAUUUAAAUAUCGUAAACCAUAUCAAACAGCGAAUGCAAAUCUUUCAAAUAGCAUUUUACCUAUUAUUAUUAAAGAUCGUAUGAAACAACCAAUUACAAAUGAUAAAACACGUUAUGCUUCGUUACUUUCACUUCUUGCUUAUUCUACAUCAACAUUUGAAUGUGCAUUUGAAAUUGUUCUUGUUCUUUUAACAUUAGCUAGUUUAUCUAAUAUAGCUCGUGUUAAUGAAUUAUAUCCAUCUAUUGUCACAAAAGUGAUUCAACCAAGAAAAUAUGCUGCGAGAUAUUAUGAUUUAACUCAAAAAGUUGGUGCCGAAUUCCAAUUACAUGGUUAUGAAUUAGUUAUACUUGAUCGUUAUGCAUAUCGUUUAUCACCCUCAUUUAUCAUGGCAUGGCGUGCAUUUGGAUGA